UUGCCGCCUCUUUCCACUGAUGCUACGCGGUGACGUUCAUUGACUAUCUAAUCUGCAGAGGAAACUGAGCGAGUCGUAGGCUUCCUAACCGAGUCCUCUGCAGUUGCCGCUGCAAUGCCCCAGCCAGCAGCAGCAGUUCGUGAGAAAGGGGGAGUGUGAGCCGCACGGAGCGGUGCAGAGCAAUGGAAUCUUUUUUUGAACAAUGCAUAAGAAAAUUUCUAUCGUUUUUUCCAAUGGAAUGAUUUCAGCAGAGCGGCGGUAGGAAAUACAUUUGUGGAUUAUCACUUGGCGUGGAUUGAGGAAGACGCGAAUUUUGGAAAUAGUUUGAAUACAAGCUGCGAAGUCAGUCGCCUGGACUGCAGGACGGCGGGAUGAAGGUCUUACCAACACAAGCAGCUGCAUCUCAGAGGACGCUACGCAAUGUCGAUUUGUUUCUGUCUGCAUCGAACUGACGUCUUGAUGAAUGGUAACGCCUGUGUUCCCUUACCUGGAUGACUGACACCAUACAUAGAGCGUCCUGUGUGUUUUACAGAAGAUGAAUUUAUCCUGCUUGAAAAUGGGGAGUGAGAUACUACCCACCCUGGAGCAUUUCAUGCUAAGCCCCCUUGUCACUUGGGUGAAGACAUUUGGGUACAUAGGUGAGAAGGAUGGCAGUGCCCUCACUGACUACACCGAGUUAGUGGAUGGGUACCACCUGAACCAAAUUAUGGGGGAAAUAGACUCCAAAGUUGCCAGUCCGAGGGUGAAGAAAGCGGACGGUGAGCCGGGUCAGAGGAUCCAGAACCUCCAGCUGCUGGUCCAGUACAUCAAGACCUACUACCAGGACACGCUGCAGGAGCUGAUCAUGAUGCCUCUCCCCAAUGCGCUGGUGCUGGGGAAAAACCCGUUCUGCGAGCAAAGCGUGGAGGAAAUGAAAAAGCUGCUGCUUCUGCUGCUUGGGUGUGCUGUCCAGUGUGAUCGGAAGGAGGAGUACAUCGAGAAGAUCCAGACGCUGGACUUUGGCACCAAGGCAGCCAUCGCCUCCCACAUACAAGAGGUGACGGACAGCCAGGACAGCGUGUUUGACCUUCACUGGCUGGAGGUGGCCGACCUUUGCCCCGAGGAGCUGGACGCCCUCUCCAGGAACAUGGCCGUGCACCUACGCAGGCUGGUGGACCAGCGGGACCAACAGCUAGAGACCAUCAUGGAGCUCCUGCAGGAGAGGGAGAGCGGUGGGCAGAUGACCCCCAGCAGGACGCCCUCUCCUGGUGACCCGCUGGGCCUGCACCUGCCCGCCUCCCAGCAGCACCUGGCCGUGGAGCUGGCCGACACCAAGGCCAAGAUACGACGCCUGCGACAGGAGCUGGAAGAGAAGAGUGAGCAGUUGCUGGACUGCAGGCAGGAGUUGGAGGGCAUGGAGUCCGAACUGAAGAGAGUACAACAGGAGAACAUGCAGCUGCUGACGGACGCGCGGGCGGCCAGGACGUACCGGGACGAGCUGGACGCCCUGAGGGAGAAGGCCCUGAGGGCCGACAAGCUGGAGAGCGAGGUGGCCCGCUACCGAGACCGCCUGCACAACCUGGAGUUCUACAAGGCCAAAGUGGAGGAGCUGAAGGAGGACAACCAGGUGCUGCUGGAGACCAAGGCCAUGCUGGAGGAGCAGAUCGAGGGCUCCAGGCAGCGCUCAGACAAACUGCACCAACUGGAGAAACACAACCUCACACUACAGGCCAAGAUACAUGACAUGGAGGAGGAGCGUGCGUCUGAGCGGCGCCGCAUGGAGGAGGUGCUGGAGGAGAACCUGUACCUGGAGCUGGCCCAGCGCAGGAGCAUGGAGGAGUCCCAGCAGCUAGGCUGGCAGCUGGAGCAGCUCAGCCGCUCCGCAGAGGGGCCCGAGGGGACAGUGCUGAAGACCCUGAACGAGGAGGUGGCUGAGAGGGCCUGCAGUCGCCUGCUGAGGCUGGAGAGGGAGAACCAGGCCCUGAGGAGAACCGUCGAGGAACUUAGGGGAACCAGGGAACCCUCAGAAGAGCACAAGAGAGACUACUCACACAAGGUGAGGCUGCUGAUGGAGGAGAAUGAGAUCCUCAACAGGAGCAUCUCCUCCCUCAACCAGAUGGACGCGGACGGCAGCAUCAGCACCAACGAUGAUGACAUCACCAAGUCUCCACCAAUAGACAACAGCAACUCAAACUCGGACGCCUGUUGUGACCCUCCGGACAACAGGAGGCUGGCCGAGCAAGAGGAGCUGGAGCAGGCUGAGAGGUCACAGACGAUGUGCGAGAUGAAGGAGAUGGAGGAGCAAAGAGAUGAUGGUGGUGAUGUGGAGGAGAAGGAGGAGCAGGAGAGGAGAAACCAGCAGGAGAAAGGAGACCCGUCCAAGCUGGAGGUGGAGGAGGAGGAGAAAGAGAAGGAUGAGGAGGACAAGGAGAAGGAUGAAUGUGAGAGGAGAGGAUCUCCAGCGUUGAUGUCGAAGUCGAAAAGCCGAGAUGGUACCACCACCACCACCACAGCUGCUGCUGGUGACAGCCAGGACUCGUCCCCCUUCAGGCCCCGCUCCGAGGCCAGUCCGCUGGGCCAAAGCCCAUCCAUCUCCCCUGCCCGCUUCUCCACCACCCCUUCCUCCAGGUUUGGGCUCCGACGACCCAACGCUAGCUCCAUGGCCUCCCCAUCCUCCAUCUCCUCCUCUUCUUCUUCCACUGUCUGCUGUGCGGCACGGGACUCGGAGAACCGUCGUCUGGCCUCGGCGCUGGACAACUCGGCCCGACGCCUGCGUCGCCUGGAGGGAGAGCUGGGCGAGCUGGAGACGGAGAACCACACUCUGCAGCGCACCCUGGAGGAGCUGAGGCUCACUGCGCGCCGCGUGGAGAGGCUGGAGGCUGACAGCAGGGCGCUGGAGCAGGAGGCGUCGCAGCUGGAGCGCGAUAAGGGCCGGCUGGAGAAGGAGAACCGGCGCCUGCGGCAGCGGGCCGAGGUGCAGGAGGCCUCCCUGGACGCCAGUGUGCUGUGCCAGGCCUCGCUGGAGAAGGAGAACCGGGCCCUGGCCAAGGAGCUGGAGGCCCAGCGGGAGGCCGGAGCGCGGGUCAAGGAGCUGGAAGGGGAGGCCCGGGAGAUGCUGCAGCAGAGCGCCAUCCACCAGAGGACCCUCAGCACCCUACGGGAGGAGCUGGUGAGCGAGAAGCUGAGGUGCCAACAGAGGGAUAAUGAGGUGAAGAGACUCACACAGGACAUUGAGAGGAUGGGCUUCAAGCAAGAGCAAGAGCAGCAGCAGCCUCUGACUGCUGAGCAGCAGGAGGCUAAUGACAGUCGCUAUAAGCAGUUGGAGGCUGAGCUGGAGUCGUCCCUGAAGAGGUGUGUGGAGAUUAAGGAUGAGAAGAUGGCCACUCUGGAGGCCCGCCUGCAGCAGUCCUCCACCCUCAACCAGCAGCUGCGGCAGGAGCUACGCACUGUGAAGGUGAGCUACGAGGCCCUGCUGCAGAGGCAGGAGGAGCUGCACGAGGGGCCCCCAGGGGAACCCGGAUCCGGAUGUGGCCCGGGCCCGGGCCAGAGGGAGCGGGAGUGGGAGCAGGAGAGCGCGGUGAGGGAGGUGCAGAGGGAGUGGCAGAGGGAGAGCCAGGAGGCUACGCGGGAGCUGCUGCGCCUCAAGGACCGCCUCAUCGAGGUGGAGAGGAACAAUGCCACCCUCCAGGCGGAGCGGCAGGCUCUGCAGACCCAGCUGCAGCAGCUGCAGUCGCAGACGGACGGCCUGCGUGCCCAGGUGCUGGCCCUGCAGCGCCAGACGGCCUCCCUGCAGGAGAGCAACACCACGCUGCAGACGCAGAACGCACAGCUGCAGGUGGAGAAGUCCACCCUGAACUCCCAGAGCGCCGCCCUGCUGGCGGAGAAUGCGCAGCUGCAGCGGGGCCAGUGCAGUGCGGAGAGCGAGCGCGACGGGGCCGUGAGGGACCGCGAGGACCUGCGCACCGUCAACGAGCUGCUACUCAGGGACCACGAUCGGCUGGCCGCCCUGCACGAGAGACAGGCGGCUGAGUACGAGUCUCUGAUUGGACGACACGGGGGACUCAGGACCCAGCACCGCAGCCUAGAGCUGGAACAUCACGCACUGGAGGACAGGUACAACACGCUGCUGCAGCAGAAGUCCCAUCUGGAGGUGAUGGAGAAGGCUCUGAGGGAGGAGCAGCAGCAGCUGCAGCAGGAGAGGGAGACGCUCAGGAGCACCACCUCAGAGUGCCAACGACUCCGGGACGAGAAGGACUGGCUGAAUCAGACGUACCAGAAGCUGCUGUGUGAUCACGAGGAGCUGCAGGGCGAGCACAAGGGCCUGAAGAGCCAGCUGAACGCGGCCCGGCUGGAGCAGACGCGCCUGGAGACCGAGCUCACCAAGCUGCGCGAGCAGCACCAGCAGCUCGACAUCACCUCCACCAAGCUCACCAACCAGUGCGAGCUGCUGACCCAACUGAAGAAGAACCUGGAGGAGGAGAACCGUCACCUGCUGGACCAGAUCCAGACGCUGAUGCUGCAGAACCGCACGCUGCUGGAGCAGACCAUGGAGAGCAAGGACCUCUUCCACGUGGAGCAGAGGCAGUACAUAGACAAACUGAAUGAACUGAGGAGACAGAAAGAGAAGCUGGAGGAGAAGAUCAUGGACCAGUACAAGUUCUACGAUCCCUCACCACCCAGGAGGCGAGGCAACUGGAUCACGCUGAAGAUGAGGAAGCUGAUCAAGUCUCGUAGCCGAGAACGAGAGCAUGAUCGCGACCGUGAUCGAGACCGAGAUCGUGAUCGGGAGCAUGAGCGCGGCCGCACGGGCGCCGCCCUGACCGCCAUGCGCUCUGAGUCGUGCGAGGGCCUGCCCUGCCACGACAACGGCUCCUUCGUGAGCUCGCAGGGCUCGGCCGAGUCGGGCGCCAACUCCCUGGACGACAGCCUCUCGCCCAAGCGCAGCAGCAGUGAGUAUGACCUCUCGAGCCGUCCAAUCUGGUGCAAGAGCCGUCAGUGUCAUCAGAGCAGCUAUCCAAUCGAGUACAAGAGCCAUCAUGAGGGACAGGCCAGCUAUCCAAUCGAGUACAAGAGCCAUCGUGAGGGACAGGCCAGCUAUCCAAUCGAGUACAAGAGCCACCAUGAGGGACAGGCCAGUUAUCCAACCCCGAACCACAUCAGGCCCCAAACACCUCCUCUGAUUGGUGGACAGGGAGAGAGUAACUGUCCGACAACUCCAACAGUCGUCCGCCACAGGCCGCCACACAUACCUACUACACCGCUAACAGGUGGAAAGGCAGCCGUGGGUGGGGCGACGCUAGACUUAAUAAUUGCCCGCCCACCCCUUCCUCCGAGAUCAGACAGGCAGACAGACAGGAGAGAGCCCAAUCACGUAGGACAGCCCCAGUCACAGGGGCUAAUCGAAGAGGGCGACAGAACUGUGCGAGUUAACCCUCUCCAUGCCAUAUUGGACAGAAUUGCAGCGCAUCCCAUGAAUGACUUGCUGCACAUGUGCGGAGGGGAGCAUGGGGGAGGCUACUUGCCGACCGGGUUUGAGUUGAUGGGGGAAGCGGAGGAGAGGAGCGGAGAGACAGAAACAGAAGAGGAGGAGGAGGAGGAGGAGGAAAGAGAGUCAUUCAUGUUUCAUUCCUUCAUCCUGCCAUCCAUCAUUCCAUCCAUCCCUGCAUCCCACAACCACCCAUUUACCCCAGAACAGAAAGAGCAACAGACAGCCCCCAAAGGUAAGGAUUACCCUGAAGAUGUGGCCAGGUCCAGCCAAGGCAGCAACGAUGAACGCCACAGUCAGGUUGGCGUGAACGGUGCCCAGAGUGAGAGCAGUGGCGAGUUCAGCCUGGAGGCUGGCGAGGGGGGCUGGUCCAGCAGCAGCAGCCCCGUACAGGUGCCCACCUCACGACGCGGCAGUGACUGCUCCUCCGUGCCACCCGCCUGCACCUCCACCCCACUACAGGUCCCCGCUCCCCCCAAACCCCCGCGCGAGAGCGCAGCCAUAGCCACCAUGACCACCGCCGUGCCCACGACCGCCGCCCUGGAGUCCUCCUCCUACGCCUCGGGCAGGGGCGUGUGGCGCUCCACGAGCGGGCGGGCCACGGGGCCCCGGGGGGUGCUGAGCCAGACCCAGAACCAGACCUUCCGCACGGUGGCCAUCGUGGUGGACAGCGGUGGCGGCGGCGGCGGCAGUAGACGGGGGUCCGCGUCCGCCAGCCCUGCGGAGCUCCAGGUCCAGUCGUCUGACAAGUCGUCGGGUGCGGCCGGCUGCCUGGACUGCUUCUCGGCGCCCCUGAGGAGGGAGGUGAGCAGCCUGAGCCACAGCCAAGGGGACCAGGAGGAGGAGCAGCAGGAGGAGGAGGAGGCCCAGCAGGGCGGCAGGGGAUACUACUCCGGGGUCACCCGGGGUCAGGCUCAAGGUCACGGUCCAGGUCAAGGUCAAGGUCAAAGCCGGGUGGCGAGGGCCUUCUCCACGCUACCGCGCGCCAGCAACGUCAUCUCCACCUCGGAGGGCACCAGCCGCCGCGCCAGCUUCCACAGCAUGAUGUCGGGCAAGUCGGGCGCCGCGUCACCCAGCAAGACCACCCACCCGGCAGCCGGCAGGGGUGGGGACGCAGGGGCCCACAACAACCCCCCGACCAAUGCUGGAACCCUGACGGCCAUCAUAACCACCACCAUGACCACCACCGGCAACAAUAGCAAUCCUGUGCAGGACGGGCAAGGUGGACAGACUGUUGGUGGACCAGCAGGGGGCAGCAGCAACAACAACCAGGCGGAUUCUCCAGAUGGUCCCGUCUGUUCCUCUACCCUGCUUCCGGAGCCCUACUUGGAGCCCCCCCUCUUUGGCGCUCCCUUCACCCUGGACUCGGUCUUCACCAACACCAUCUUCAGCGAGCCGACCUGUGGUGGAGGAUCGCCCUCCAAGAGCCAUACCUCCACCUUCUUCUGCCUCAACCCCAGCUUGGUGCACAACAUCAGCGGCCCGCCGCCACUCUCUUCCCACCUCCAUCUCCAGGAGGAGGAGGAGGAGGAGAUGGAGGAAGAGGAGGAGGAGGUGUCAGAGCUAGCGGACCUCCGCAAAGGAGAUCAGGAAGAGGAGGAGAACCUGGAGGGUCAGGGUCCCCAGGACUGCUCCACCAGCGAGGACUACAUGACGGUCACAGAGAAGUCGGCAUCUCUGGCCCCGGACAAUAAGCACUCCCUGCUGGCGUAGUAAGGGGAGUUUUAGGGGUUCAUCUGGUUGAAUUUAAAGGCGUGUGUACAGUGAUCAGAACAAGGACAAGGUCAGUGAGCACUACAAGACCAGCCACAGAGAAGUCAGCAUCUCUGGCCCCCCGGACAAUGAGCACUUCCUGAUGGUGUGGCAAGCUAGGUUUAAUGUAGCCCCUUAGCGCACGCCAUUCCACCAGUAAAACACUGUAAUAGUCACUGAAAAAAACUUAACUACCAUAGUACUACACCACUAUGACAGUGCACAGGGCCUUUAGGAAUACAUUACGACUUGGUCAGUGCCAUUCUGGUAGCAGCUAAUUUAUAACAGGGGCCGUGUCUUCCUGGGAUUGUGGUGCACUGUGUAGGAUUGUGGUCAGAGUAGGUAUUUAUAAACAUUCCCCGAUGGUAUAGCAGGAAGUAAAGAUGUACAGGAAGUAUAGGAAGCAGGAAGUAAAGAAGGUGAAUCUAACAAGGAGCGACACUCAAUACAACGUCCAUUGCAACAUUCGGCCCCAUGAUUUUCGGCCGAAUAAUAUGGUAAAACUACAUCGAUAUAACUAUCGGAAAUUCUUCAGUUAUGAAUGCUUAUACAAUCUCAUGUGUUUUUUCAGCACAAUCUAUGCAGAACUUAAUUAUUUAUGAGGCUAAAGUUGCCAAAGUAGCUAGCCAU